CAGGGCUACAAGCAGGGAGCUGUCCAUCAACCCAGGGAAGGGGCGGGGCUUCAGGGCUGUGGCUCCGCCCCCAACUCCUUCAGUCCCAGAUCACACAUGAGGAGCCCGGGCAUGGGUCCGGCUGCAUUUGCAAAGCCUAGACCCAGCUGAAGGAGAACUACACACUAUUAUUACUAUUAUUAUUAUUAUUAUUAUUAUUAUUAUUAUUAUUAUUAUUAUUGCUGGGUUUCAUCUCCUUGGACUCUGCUGCUGCUGUCACUUUAAGAAGGGGAUCCCCCCUCCCCCCCCAGAGGAAGAGGAAGGUCCCCACCAUGAUGAACAACCUCCCUUUCGAGGAGGCCUCGCUGGACGGACUGGAUCCCUCCUUGACGCUCCACGGAUCCAGCGACAUCGACACCGCGCUCCUCAGCGACAUCGACGACAUGCUGCAAUUGAUCACGACGGAAGACGGGGAUUUUCCCGGUUUGUUUGAUGGUCCGUUCUGCGGGAACGCCGCUCCGGAACCGAACCCGCACGGUCCCAGCCUCUUCAGCUCUUAUCCGGGCUCAAGCAACCCACCUCCCACCAGUUUGUUCCCGGUCCCAUCGCCGGCCCCGGGGAGCUUCCCUCUGGUCGCAAACGCUGGGCCGAACCCAGACCCGGCUCCGAUGGACAUCAAGGAGGAACCCGCGGCUCCGGCGCCCGCUCCGCUCUUAGCCCAGCUCCCCACAGCCCCACAUUUGGUUCUGCCCCCCCGGGACCACUUCUCCGGGCAAUCCGUGGCGGGCUUCCUGAAGCAGAAAGCCCCACAACCAGGAGGACCCCCUCCAACGCCUCCGGCCCCCAUCCUGACUCCUGCCCGCCCACCCCACGCCGUGGCUGUGCAAACGCCAAUCCAGAACAUCGCCCCCCAGCAGCUCCUGGCUCCUGCGACUUCCCAGGUGAUCCAGCCUCAGAUCCAGCAAGUCCCGGUCCUCCUCCAGCCGCACUUCAUCAAGGCCGACUCCCUGCUGCUGACCACUGUCUCCGGAGCCAAGGCCGGACCCGGAAUCACCUCUCUGGCCACCACCACCACCGCCGUCCAGUCCACCCCCCUCCAGACCCUGGUGAGCGGUGGCACCAUCCUGGCGACGGUGCCUCUCGUGAUGGACACGGACAAGCUGCCCAUCAACCGCUUGACCGCGGGGAAGCCCUUGUCCGGCCACAACAAAGGCGAGAAGCGCACGGCGCACAACGCCAUCGAGAAGCGCUACCGCUGCUCCAUCAACGACAAGAUCUGUGAGCUCAAGGACUUGGUGGUCGGCACAGAAGCCAAGCUGAACAAGUCGGCCAUCCUGCGCAAGGCGAUUGACCACAUCCGGUUCCUGAAGCAGGCCAACCAGAAGUUGAAGGCGGAGAACAUGGCCCUCAAGAUGGCAUCCCAGAAGAACCAGUCACUGAAAGACCUGGUGGCCCCCGGGAAGACGGAGGACUCGUCCGACGGGGUGAAGCUGAUGGAUGCCCUCACGCCGCCCCCCUCCGACGCGGGUUCCCCGUCCCACAGCAGCCCACUCUCCUUCGGAGGCACCAGUGGAAGCGAUUCGGAGCCCGAAAGUCCCUUCUGCGUGGAGGCCAAGGUGAAGCAGGAAAUCCAAGCAUCGUCUCCGGGCAGCUUGGGGAUGCUGGACCGAUCGCGGAUGGCCCUCUGCGCUUUCGUCUUCCUCUGCCUCUCGUUCAACCCUCUUUCCUCGUUGCUGGGAGGGUCCGGCUCCUCGGCGACCACCGAUACCUCAGGCGGCAGCGGUCCUGGGCGCAGCAUUAUGUCCGAGAAAGAGACGGGAGAUGUUUCCAUCACCUGGUCCCAAUGGCUCCUCCCCACCUUGUUCUUCUGGCUCAUCAACGUGGUUGUCGUCCUCGGCGCCUUCGUCCGGCUCUUCAUUUACGGCGAACCAGUGACGCGGCUCCACUCUGAGCCCUCCGUCCUUUUUUGGAGGCACCGCAAGCAAGCCGACCUGGACCUGGCCCGAGGAGACUUUGCCCAGGCGUCGCAGAACCUGUGGAUGGCGCUGAAGGCCCUGGGCCGCCCGCUGCCCACCUCCAACCUGGACCUGACCUGCAGCCUCCUCUGGAACCUGAUCCGGCACGUCCUGCAGCGCCUUUGGGUGGGGCGGUGGCUGGCCGGACGCGCCGGGGGCUUCUUCCGCGACCGGGAGCUCAAGGCCGACGUGCGCAAGAGCGCCUGCGACGCCGCCUUGGUCUACCACAAGCUGCACCAGCUGCACAUGACAGGGAAACACGUGGCGGGUCACUUGUCCGCCAUCAACAUGGCGCUGAGUGCUGUGAAUUUGGCCGAAUGCGCCGGGAACACCAUCUCCGUGGCCACCUUGGCCGAGGUCUACGUGGCGGCCGCCCUGCGCGUCAAGGCCAGCCUCCAUCGCUGCUGCCACGUCCUGGCGCGCUUCUUCCUGAGCAGCGCCCGCCAGGUCCUGCUCUCCCACAGCGGGACCGUCCCUCCGGCGCUGCAGUGGCUCUGCCAUCCGGUCGGGCACCGGUUCUUCGUGGACGGAGACUGGGCCGUGAAGAGCUCUCCCCGGGAGAGCAUCUACAGCUCCACCAGCAACCCAGCCGACCCUUUGGCUCAAGUGACCCAACUUUUCCGGGAACAUUUGCUGGAGAAGGCGCUUUCUUGCGUCUUGAGGCUGGACAGCCAGGCGCCCAUCAGCCACAGUGAAGGGGAAUUUUCCGAUGCUCUGGAAUAUCUGCACUUCCUCAACAGCUGUGCGGACGCGGUCCCCAGUCCGUCUCCUUCCAUCGGCACAAACAUGGACGCUGCGAUAGGCACUGACCCCAUAGCGCACUGGUGGGCCUCGGUGGUGGCCAUGGCCAUCCAUGGGCUUCAAGGGGAUGACGAAGCGGUGGAGAACUUGUACCCGCUGGUGGAGUCCAUGCCCAAAGCCCUCCAGGCCUCUGAGAACCCUCUUCCCUGGGCGGCGCUGCACACUUUCAAGGCGGCCCGCAUGCUGCUGGGCAAACUGGACUGCAGCCUGAGCCAGUGCGACGCUGCGGGAGACUACUUGCGAGAGAGUCUGGGCAACAACGCACCCGCCAGCCCCAUCGACAGAGCCAUCCAGUUCCUCUUGUGCGACCUCCUGCUCAUCACUCGCACUCGGCUCUGGCAGCAGCAGAUGCAAGCGGCCCAGCCCCGCGGCGGACCCUACCAAGCCUCGGCCCACGAACUGCGUGGUUUUCAGCAGGAGCUCAGCAGCCUCCGGCGCCUGGCGCAAGCGGACAGACCCGCCAUGCACAGGGUUUUCCUCCAUGAGGCCACAGCCCGGCUGAUGGCCCGUGCAAGCCCCACUCGGACCCACCAACUGCUGGACCGGAGCCUGCGCCGAAGGGGGGCCUCGAACCCGAACAAAGGAGCCAGCGAACAAGACAGCCGCCCGACGGCGAGAGAGCACGCCGAAGCCCUCCUCCUGGCCUGCUCCUACUUGCCCCCCGCCUUCCUUUUGGGGCCCGGUCAGCGGGUGGGCAUGUUGGCCGAAGCGGCCCGGUCUCUGGAGAAGCUGGGCGACAAACGGACACUCCACGAAUGCCAGCAGAUGAUCAUCCGGCUCACCAGCGGCUCAACCGUCACCUCUAGCUAGAGACGUCGGACUCUAAGACUUUUGGAUGGGGGGGGGGGGGGGACGGAGACCCCUUUUUCCGAGCUGAGAACGAGGACUUCAUGCCCAUCGACUUCUCCUUUUUCUCCAGGUAACGAUGACAAAGGGUUUGCUCUCCUACCUCCCGUAAACCCCUCUCGGGGCUGUUGCUGAGCAGACGUAGUUGACUUUAUGGAGGAAGGACACCGAAGAAGCCGUGGUGGUGGUUGGUGGGCUUGAGUCAGGAGGGGAUACAUUUUCACAAAACCGAGAAGGAUGAUUCGGGGACCGCACUCAGAUUUUAUUCUUAUGUGGUCGGGUGCAACGAGACGUUAGGGUCGUUUUGUCGCCCCACCACCCCGAUUUCAGAGUCCGAUGGGGUCGGCCGCAACCAUACAUGCUUCAAUCCCCCCGGAGCCAACGCAGACACAAAUUGUGCCGGUUCCAUCAUCCCCAUAUCUAGGACUUUCCAUUAAUUUUUCUAUUGCAAUGACAUCUUUUUUUUACACGUCCUGCAAUAUCCACGACUUCCUCCGGGAAUGUCCUUGAGCAAAACAAGGGAGACCCCUGGUGGCCGCUCCCGGCAUUGCAGGACGUCCACCGACCACGUAUGGAUACGUGUUGGCUGUAUAGUCAUGUUAUUUUUUUGCAAUUCACUCUUUUUUGCUGUUCCAUCCCCGAUGUGAGCCUCCAUCCGAGGCCUCUCUUUUUUUGCAAUUUUUUUUGCAAAAUUAUCCAGCUUUGAGAAGAAUGUAAAACACAACUUUGAGAAGCUGUUCAAAAUACAAGAAGUUGAAGGCAUUGUUCAUUGAAUGUCACUUGGUGGACUUUUGGGGCCGAAAGUGGCCGAUUUCCAUAGAAAUUUCCACCAAGAGUGUGGAUUUCCAUAAUUUCCAACAGUUUCAAUACAAGGAAGGGUUUUUCACACAACGCCAUCCCUUCUUGUUGAAAUUUGCAGUAUUUUUUGUGUUGUCGAAGGCUUUCACAGCCGGAAUCACAGGGUUGUUGUGUGUUUCCCGGACUGUAUGGCCAUGUUCCCGAUAAAGAGUGCGGAUUUCCAUAAUUUCCAACAGUUUCAAUGCUAGGAAGGGUUUUUCACACAACGCCAUCCCUUCUUGUUGAGAUUUGCAGUAUUUUUUGUGUUGUCGAAGGCUUUCAUGGCCGGAAUCACAGGGUUGUUGUGUGUUUUCCGGGCUGUAUGGCCAUGUUCCCGAUAAUGAAUGCGGAUUUCCAUAAUUUCCAACAGUUUCAAUGCUAGGAAGGGUUUUUCACACUAUACCAUCCCUUGUUGAGAUUUGCAGUACAGUCAGUAUUUUUUGUGUUGUCGAAGGCUUUCAUGGCCGGAAUCACAAAGUUGUUGUGUGUUUUCCGGACAGUAUGGCCAUGUUCCAGAAAUAUUCUCUCCUGACGUUUCACCCAAAUCUCCACUGAGGUCUGACGCACACUGAAUGUAUAAAGGAGUCCUGAGUCUGAACAUGCUCAGUACAAAUACAUGUCUGUAUCUCCUGGCGAAACGUCAGGAGAGAAUACUCCUGGAACAUGGCCAGACAGCAUGGAAAACUCAUGGCAACCCAAUGUUGCCACGAAAGCCUUCGACAACAUAGCCUGGAAAACUUUCACAACCCAGUAUUUUUUGUGUUUCACAAGCUCGUAUAAAUAAGUGGUCUGACUGUACUCAGCAAGGAGAGCUUUAGCGCCUUGCGAAAAUACAAACCACGACAGUUAAAGUGGAAUCAUAGCAUUGCAAAUGCAUAGUCUGAUAGUUAAUAGAGGCUUAUAGCUAUUUUGCUGCCUUGGUCGGACCCUUUCCAAAGACUAUUUGGUUGUCUUGGUUGGCUCUGCCUUUACUACAAGCUUACGUGUUGUAGCAAAACAAGCUUUGUUUGACCAAAAUCCUAUACAAUUGGCAUAUUGCUGUUUACAGAGACCCACUAUUAGCUGUUAAACCAGGCAUGGGGAAACUUGGGCCGUAUAGGUGUUUCGGACUCCAACUCCCAGCAUUCCUAACAGUCUCAGGCCCCUUCCUUUCCCCCCCUCAGUCCCUUAAGAUGUUUUCUUUUUGGGCAAUUGAAAUAACACUUCUGAAGAUCUGGUAUAUAUUUUACUAGCUGUGCCCGGCCACGCUUGCUGUGGCGAAGUAUGGUGGAAGGUCUACACUGCCAUAUAAUCCAGAGCAAAUUAGAUAAUCUGUGGAAUUGGCCUAAGUGAGGCCUAAAUCUGCCUGUCCCCUAACUGAACCCUGGCUGUCCCUUGGCUGAGUUGGUUGCUAGGAGACCAAGUGGGCAGAGAUUAGCCCUCUAAACUGGCAGCAAUUGGAUAAAAAUAAUUAUUGCUCUCUCUCUCUCUAAUUAGGACUUUAUUUUUCUUUUCUUUUUGUUGCAUCAACCUAGAGGCGUGGAUGAUGGGUUGUGUUGUCAAAUUUUGAGGUUGGGGGGGGGGCUGUAGUUUUGUUGUUUUGUGGGUCGCCGUGAUGCCAUCACUCUUUUAUAUAUAUAGAUGCAUUGGCAUAAAUUCAAAGAGAAAACUAGGGCUAUCAGUCUAACAACUGAGAAACCUAAAUGGCCUCGUAUGAAUACUAGUGGAUAUUUAUGACCAAGAAGAAGCGAGUUUUUAACUCAUCUCAAGAGGCUGUUAGGAAUGGUGGGAGUUGGAGUCCAAAACAACUAUGUGACCCAAGUUUCCCCAAGCAAUUUGGACCCUGAAACGGCAGCUAGACUCCGCUCAAUGGACUCAAAAGAAAUGAGAUAACUACCUUCACCUUCCUUGUCCUUCCAUCCACGUCCUCGUGGUUUAAUUUCACAUCGAGAAAAUAAUAUAGGCACACGUAUGUAUCAUGUAUCCCUCUCUGCUCCAAUCUGAACCGCUCCGCCACAGUUCUUCCAUCAAAACAUAUUUUCGUAGCGUUGAGGUUUUUUUUGUACAUAUUAUAAAAUUUGGAAAGAAAAAAAACC